ACGUGCAUCGACGAAAAACGCAAUCAUUGUCGGUCCCGUAAAAUUGUACCAGCUUUCAUCCGAUUAAUAAACCAGCUUUAAAUACAGUCCACUUUUAUUCGUAUGAGCCUUGCACCCAACAUCUCAUCGCAACGGCGCCAACAUAUGGUCCUUCAAACCUCAACAUAAUCGGAAGAAGAUUGUACAUCGGGUCUUUCAAAGAAGUCUUUUGGAGCCUAGGACGCCUAUCAACCUUUGUGGGUCUACAUUCCGCUGGAAAUUCGUCGCCACUGCUUGAAAAAGAAGAUCAUCUGUUUUUUCAACGCCUACCUACACUUCAAAUUCAAGCAGCGCCUCAGGUGGAUUACCUUCGUGGAACGCCCAUAAUUAUCUACUCUACAGAAGAAGUCCGAAUCCAGCUCACCGACAACAUUUAAAAAACAACAAUCCAACAAACGUACAACAUUGCCGCACCAGCUGAGUACAACACAACCAACACCAUUAUUCAAGGUCUCGUAGGAUCAAGUCACAAGAGGUUUACAAAGAAAAGAUACGUAAGAUCGUUCCUUAUAUUUUAUUCUUUCCAUUCCUCAUUAACAUUAACAUUAACAUUCAUAACCAUAACAAUUAAUUGCUACCGUCAACAUUUUCACUAUUAACAAAAGGUCCAAAGGUCAUUCUUCUCAUUUUUGUCAAUCACUUUUUAUGCUUCUCAUUAAGUUUUUUUUAAACACAACAUAAAAUAACACAAGAGCUUUGCUUUUCACGCUUGUUCAUUUCAUCGCUAAUAUAUAAUUUACAUUUACACAUUUCGUUAGGUAUAGCUUUAAACUAUUAUUGUAGUGUAUCAUUUGCUUGACACUAGAUUUAGAUUUAAAUUCACAAUUUAAUUUUAAUACUAAACUUUUAAAUUAACUCAUUCGCCUUCUAAUAAAACAUUGUAGAAACUUUUAUUGAAAAAAUUAUAUAUAUCGCGGGUAGUUUGAAUUAAAACACUCCUUAAGUACAGCUGUUAAUAAUUUUUGCUAUUAUACUUAUUCAGGGACUUAGAUUUUGCUUGGCAGUCUAUUGCUAUAAUUUUUUUGGCAGGGUCAACUUUUGCUUUUAGUUGCUUCAUUGCCUUUGGGAAGUAGAUAGUUGGUACUCAUAAUAAAGAUGCCUGAAGGCAAAGUAAAAGACUUAAUUAAAAGGAGGGCCUCAAUAAAGGCCAAAAUAACACAAUUCUCUACGUAUUUGGAUGUCCUACGGGGUUGUGAUUAUCUCAAUGAUGUGCAAUUCUCGGAACUCCAAGUACGUCUUGAGAAAUUCGAAACCUUAUACGGGGACUUCGACACUUUUCAGAGUGAGAUCGAGAUGCUGUCAGACGCGCCGGAAGACCAUUAUAAGGAUCGUGAGUCCAUUGAGUCGCAGUACUACAAGCUUGUGGCUUCUGCGCGUACGCUGUUGGAUCAACGCAAAAAUAAUGACGGUAGGUCCGAGAGAUUCCAGCGUAUCGAGUACCUUAAGCAGCAUUUUUGGCAGCGAUUCUCCAAUGAGUACGUCGUGUGGCUACAACAAAAAAUGAAAUGGCCGACUCAAAAGGGAGACUUAAAAGAAGGUAUGAUGGUUGUCAUCAAGGAGAAGGGACUACCACCUCUUAUGUGGCUGCUCGGACGCAUUAUUCGUCUUUGUCCUGGACGAGAUGGAAUUACACGUGUGGCAGAUAUCUUAACCAAGAAAGGUGUUAUACGACGCGCUUACAACAACAUAUGCCCGCUACCAGUCAAUAUUUGAAGUACUUCAACCCGGGGAGCAUGUUCGAAACAUAGCAACCCUAUUUUCCUCACCGCGGCGGAAGCGGGGGAGAGGCGUGGACUUACAGAACAAAAACGACGUGCAUCGACGAAAAACGCAAUCAUUGUCGGUCCCGUAAAAUUGUACCAGCUUUCAUCCGAUUAAUAAACCAGCUUUAAAUACAGUCCACUUUUAUUCGUAUGAGCCUUGCACCCAACAUCUCAUCGCAACGGCG